AUGGAAGAUUACGAGAAGGAGCUAUUAGCUGAUUUAGGUAGCGAUUCAAGUGAUGAAGAACAAUCGGACAUUUUGAAUCAUAAUAAUGUUGACCAUAAUACAUUGCAACCAGUUGAACACAUUUCAUCCCAAGAUACUGAAUUAGAGUUCGAGCAGAAAUUAAAAAAGUUAUUGAAUGACGAAUACAAUUAUAGCUUGCAGGAUAGACUAGAGCAGUUUGAUAUCACCAAUGUUAAAGACAUUACCCAAAUUUCUAAAAUUUACCCAAUAAUUCCAGACUUGCAAUCGCAUAUUGAAAUUUACUCUAGUGAUGAUAAUUGUGACUAUUUGGACUUGCUCUCAUCUGUAAAUAACGAAAAGCAAAAUGAAGAAUAUUCAUUCAUAUUGAUGGUAAAUGAACUUUCACAGGUCAUUCAUCAAGAAAUCUCACUAGUGCAUUCAUUUAUCAAAUUGCAAUAUAAAGUAGUGUUUGCAGAACUAGAGACACUUGUCUUAAAUCCAAUCGAUUAUGCCAAUAUUGUACUCUUAAUCAAACAGGAUAUAACCAAUAUCAAAAAAUAUGAAUCAGAACUUAUGAAUAUUGUAUCUAAUGAAAAGGUACUUAUAAUAAUUAUGUCUGCUAUGCAGCAUAUUAAAGAUCAAUUCGUAUUAAAUAACCAAGACUUUGAAAUGAUAAUCAAAGCUUGCCGUCUUGUCAUCGACCUUAAUAACGUACUGAGCCAAUUAUCCGAGUUCAUUUCAUCAAAGUUGUCCAAAUUUGCUCCUAAUGUGUCGGCAAUAGUAGGACCUAUAACUACUUCUCAACUUUUAAUUGCCAGUGGUUCUCUUAGACAACUAUCUUUGACAGCGUCUUGUAAUCUACCAUCCUUGGGUGUUAGGGAUUUGUCUUCUCAAAAAACCAACAAAAGCGUACGCCAAACAGGGUAUUUAUAUCAUUGUGAACUCAUAAAAUAUUUACCUCCUAGUGUUGUUAGAUCGGCCAUGAGAAUUUUAAGUGGAAAAGUGAUACUAGCAGCAAGAAUAGAUCUCUCUCAGUCUUGUCCAUCAGGAUCUCUUGGUGAAAAAUAUUUGGAGGAGGUUACAAAUAAAAUUGAAAAAUUAUUAACCCCUCCAGAAGCACAAGGGGAUAAAGCCUUACCGGCACCUGUUGAACAUAAAUCCAAAAAGCGUGGUGGUAGAAGAUUCAGAAAGAUGAAGGAACGUUUCCAAAUGUCUGAAUUGCGUAAGGCUCAAAACAAAAUGGAAUUUGGUAAACAAGAAGAGUCUGUGAUAGACAGUUUCGGAGAAGAAGUUGGUUUAGGAAUGAGUCGAGGAGGUGCUGGCAGAUUAAAUAUUCAGCUUAACACUAAUACUAAUGCAAAAAUGUCUAAAUCGUUGACCAAUAGACUUCAACUGCAAAAAGUGUCGAACAAUGUCUUCAAUGACGAUUUCGACAGCAUUCUAUUAACCAACAACACAAAUAAUUCUUCAAAUAUGGUCGAUAACAAUGAACGAAACGAUUCGAAUAAGAGUAAAUGGUUUACAGGAAUGGUGAAAAGGAAAAGAGAGGAAGAUACUGCAGAACCGUCCGAGACUAAGAAGUUAAAAUUUUAG